UGGAAAUGUCAAAGAACAGUUUAUAAAAAUCCAGAGAGGGCUUGUUAUCUACAUAUGCUUCUUCAAAGGUGCUGAUGAGGAUCUUGUUCCAAAAAUAGUCAAUAUGCUGCUGAAUGUUAAAUUAAGUGAAAAUGAAAGCGGCGAGUACUUUUCUGUUCUGGAUUUACCAGGCGAUGUGCUAAUUAUACCACAGGCUACCUUGGGUGGUAAACUGAAGGGAAGAAAGAUGCAGUACCAUGCAAACAUUGAAAAAGAAAAAGGGCUGGAACUUUAUUCUCAGUUUGUGACUUUGUGUGAAAAAGAACUGGCUGCCAAUGCCAAAUGCGUGGAAGCAGGUGUUCUUGUCAAGCACGGCACGUAUGGAAACAGGCAGGUGUUCAAACUGGACACAAACGGACCUUACACUCAUCUGAUUGAAUUUUGAAAAGAAGACAUUAUAUCC